UGCGGCAGGUAGCCGCAGCGAGCUGCGCGCCUCUCCGCGCCCCGCUCGCCCUGCCCCCGCAGGCAGGGGAGCGGGGGAGGGCGGCAGGGGUGUGCAGCUUGGGGGAUUAGUGGGACGCCGCGGCCCCGCCUUCCCCCUUCGCAUCCCGGGCGCGAUGAGAGAGGGAGAUGGAUCCGAGCCGCCGGGACUGGCACCAUGACAUUCGCCGGCUUCGUGGUGGCGCUGGUGAUAGGGACGAUCCCCGCAGCCCGCGGGCUGGGGCAGACCAGCCUCCUGGCCGCUCGCCACCCGCAGCCCCCCGCCCCGGCCCCGCCGCCGCCGCCGCCGCCCCCCGCCGGCUGCCCCACCGGGGGCUUCCCCGCAGCCCAGCGCCUCUGGCCACCGGCGGCGCCUGCCAUCCCGCGGCGGGGGGCGGCGGGCCGGGCGCCGCGGGGCCGCCGCAGCUACUGCGCCCUGCCCGGCGGCGGGCGGCCGGGGUGCACCCGCGGGGGCGGCAGGGACCGCGCGGAGCGGGGCCGCGCCGACUGCGAACGAGGGUCAGUGAGACUCCAGGGUGGCAAGAAUGAAUUUGAAGGUAGAGUGGAGGUGUAUUUGAAUGGAAUCUGGGGAACAAUCUGUGGGAGCCAUUGGGACAAUAAUGAUGCAACAGUUGUAUGUCGACAGCUUGCACUCAGUGAAAAAGGUACAGCAAAACACAUACCAUUUUCUGGACUGGGCCUUAUUCCUGUUUACUGGAGUGAAGUGCGUUGUCGUGGUGAUGAAGAAAAUAUACUGUUGUGUGAAAAAGACAUCUGGCAGGAUGGAACGUGUCCUCAAAAAAUGGCAGCUGCUGUCACAUGUAGCUCUUCCCUGGCCCCUGUCUUUACUCCGAUCCGGCUGGCUGGUGGAAACAACGCUCAUGAAGGAAGAGUAGAAGUCUACCAUGCUGGCCAGUGGGGGACUGUCUGUGAUGACCAGUGGGAUGAUGCAGAUGCAGAAGUUGUCUGUCGGCAGCUUGGCCUUGGGGGUGUUGCCAAGGCAUGGAGCCAGGCUCACUUUGGAGAAGGCUCAGGCCCUGUGCUGCUGGAUGAAGUGCAGUGCACGGGAAAUGAGCUAUCGAUAGAGCAGUGUCCUAAAGGCUCCUGGCGAGAACACAACUGUGGCCACAGAGAAGAUGCUGGUGUUUCCUGUACAGCUCUCACAGAUGGUGCAUUAAGACUAACAAGUGGGAAAGGCAGUCAUGAGGGACGCCUGGAGGUCUAUUAUACUGGGCAGUGGGGCACGGUCUGCGAUGAUGGGUGGACAGAGCUGAAUACACAGGUGGUUUGCCGGCAGCUGGGAUUUAAGUAUGGAAAAAGUGCACCUGAGAGCUUCUCCGAAGGAAGCUCUGGGCCCAUCUGGUUGGAUGAUGUCAGCUGCUCAGGGAAGGAGACAAAUCUUCUGCAGUGCUCAAGGAGAGAGUGGGGAAAGCAUGACUGCAACCAUCAGGAGGACGUCAGACUCAUCUGCCAUCCAGAUAAUGACAGCCAUAAACUCUCACUGGGUCCUCCCAUCAGGCUGAUGGAUGGUGAGAAUAAGAAGGAAGGACGUGUAGAGAUUUUUAUCAAUGGCCAGUGGGGCACAAUUUGUGAUGAUGGAUGGUCUGAUAAGGAUGCAGCUGUAGUCUGUCGACAGCUUGGCUACAAAGGUCAAGCUAAAGCAAGAACAAUGGCAUAUUUUGGGGAGGGUAAAGGUCCAAUCCAUGUGGAUAACAUCAAAUGUACAGGAAAUGAGAGAUCCUUGGCAGACUGCAUUAAGCAGGACAUUGGGACGCACAACUGCCGUCACAGCGAGGACGCAGGGGUGAUCUGUGACCACCUAAGCAAGAAGGCCCCUGGGAACAGCAAUAAAGAUUCUCUUGCUUCUGUUUGUGGAUUGAGGCUACUACAUCGUCGACAAAAACGAAUAAUUGGUGGAAAAAAUUCUUUACGAGGUGGCUGGCCAUGGCAGGUUGCACUCCGACUGAAAUCUUCUCAUGGUGAUGGAAGACUUUUGUGUGGUGCUACUCUCAUCAGCAGCUGCUGGGUCCUCACUGCUGCACAUUGCUUUAAAAGGUAUGGCAACAACACUCGGAACUAUGCUGUGCGGGUUGGAGACUAUCACACACUGGUACCAGAAGAGUACGAAGAAGAAAUCGGAGUCCAACAGAUUGUGACGCAUAAAGAGUACAGGCCCAACAGCAGCGACUAUGACAUAGCGUUGGUGAGGCUACAGGGGCCAGAGGAACAGUGUGCCAGAUUCAGUACCCACGUCUUACCUGCUUGUUUGCCAUUAAGAAGAGAGAGACCACAGAAAACUGCUCCCAACUGUUAUAUCACUGGAUGGGGUGACACAGGAAGGGCUUAUUCAAGAACAUUACAACAGGCUUCCAUCCCCUUACUUCCCAAAAGGGUAUGUGAAGAGCGUUACAAAAGAAGAUUCACAGGAAGAAUGCUCUGUGCUGGAAAUGUUCAGGAACAGAAACGUGUUGAUAGCUGUCAAGGAGACAGCGGUGGACCACUGAUGUGUGAACGGCCAGGGGAAAGCUGGGUUGUAUAUGGUGUGACUUCCUGGGGCUAUGGCUGUGGAGUGAAAGAUUCUCCAGGUGUCUACACAAAGGUAUCAUCUUUUGUACCCUGGAUAAAAAGUGUGACCAAACUAUGAAUGUCUGUAAGGAAACCCAAACUUUAUUAACAGGUUUGAGGCAGGACAACUUGAACAGCAGAGACAGGGCACAGCUGGGGCUCACAGUGGGUGGAAACAGACACAGCUUCCUGAUUAAUGUUUUUGUUAAAUCCAACCCUUCCAGUCAGGGAUUACUAUACAAACAAAAUCCCUCUGUGUUAAGGAAAUUUAUACUUCUGUAUAUUCCAGGAUUAAGUUACCAUGUAUCAAAGAUAAGGGGAAAAGUGAUAGCCAACUUAGAAUAACAUUGUAGCAGGACAGCUGGAGUUCACCAUGAGAUUCACUGCCCACAGGAAGACUUUAAGUAGCUCCAAGCUAUUUACGCUCCAAGCUUCUAUAGAAUUGCAGAUCUCAAAUUAAUCUUCCAUCUAGAUAAUCAAUUGUUGACUGUUUUAUUAUUAUUCCUAUGAUCUUACACUCAGCCCUCUAAUUUCGACUCAUGUUCCAUCAGCUAAUGAGACCAUUAGCAGGUUGAUUCUUGGUAAGUGAUUCUGAGUAUCUAUUAAACAACAGAAGGAAAAUAAUUGUCAAUAAUCAGAUCCCCAACUAUUCUGACAAAUGUUCUCUCAGCUUAGUGUGCAUAAAAUACAUUCCCAAAUAAAACAGGUAAUACACUGGAAGUGUUUUCCUGCAAACACCCUGCAUAGCUGCAAGAGCUAGAUCAAAACCAAAUGAAUUCUAGAGAAACUUGUCUUUUUUUCUGAAAUUUAUAAUUUUUAACACAUACAGCAUUUUGGAUGUAAUUAUCUUUUCCUGUUUACCACUGGCUGUCAGUAUAUGAUCAGACUAAGAGAAAACCAUCCCAAUAGUCUCACUGCUGGUUUUGGAGAGGGUUUACACAAGUAACACUAAGAAACUCCAUCAAUCCUAUCAGAGAAUACUGUAAGUACAUACAAUGCAAAUCCUUUUUCGUGUUGAACCAAAACCAGUCUGAAAAGGUCUAGACUCUUAAGCUACUAUUUUCUAAAAGACUGUAUUUAGACAAUUCUGUCCUGCUUAGUUGCAACAUUGGUUAAGACUGAUCUUACUGGAAAGGUGAGAGUUCAUACCUGUUUUCAAUGACUUGAAGUACUUAACAUAUCAGAUAGUGUUCCCCACAUUAUGGAAACCUUAAUGGUUUAUUAUAAAAAUGCACCAAUAAAAAGUUACUCUUGAUAGACAAGUCAAAUAUAAACCAACUUACUAUCCUUUUGAAAAAGGGCCACCCCACUGAACUUACCAUACAGAACAGAGGAACUAAUCACCCAAGAAGUUAUCACCACCUUAGUGCAACACUGGUUGGUCUUGAAAAUAUAUGGGACCAACUAUAAAGAGGAAGAUAAGAAAGUUCAGUGCUACCUCCAUGAUCUGUUAAAGGCCAUUCUGACUACCUUUAAGCAUAUUCUACAGAUCACAUUAACAAACAUACUUCUUAAAAUGAUGUAAUGAAAGCUCUGUGGGCCAUGAAACACUCCAGUGUGACAAGUAUGGCACGUGUGUCAUCACAUAGUGACUGUGCAAGCUGUGACUACCAGUGAGUUUUCCUGUGUUUCCUAUCCCCAAACACUCUGGCUACAACACUGUUGUGUAGCCUUUUGUGAAGAAAGUGGGAUGCUUGUAUUCCUGUUUUAAGUGGACAGUCUUUAAUUUCUAUAUUUCUAUUGUCUCUCUGGUAUUGUAGUAAAUAUCCAAGACAACACAAUUUGCAUCAAAAGUGUUGUUGACAUUGCAGAAGCCCAUGUGAUUGAAGACUUGGCCCUUGAUUUCUCUCUGACCUCAAACUUAAGUUUUCAAGGAUCAUGACUAGUUUAAUUAUCUUGUUGGAACUGGUGCUAAGCUAGUACACAAGGUGCUUUAAUAUAUUUUUAUUUCCUGUGAUUCCACACUACUUGAAGUAGUGCGAAAUUUAAAAAUCUGUCAAAAAUCAGUACUGUGACCACCUACAGUUAGACCUACAUGAAAAUCUGCUAGUAGAUUUCAAAACCAUUUGUUUUUACUUAUACAUAGCCCUUUUAAGGGGAAGUAAAUCUGUUAAAAUAUAUUGACUUAUACCAUCAAAGCUUUGCUAUACAAGACCUCUUAUUUGAGACUUUUGGUGAAGUAGGUUAUAUAGUACAAUGCAGUUCUAUUAGCUUGCUUUUAAUAGGAUGCUUUAUUAGAUUUUUAAAUGUUGCAGUGUAAUUUUCAUGCAGAGCAUGCCUUUUCAGUUUCUAACACAAAAUUAAAUUGUCUUCACGUUAUGCCAUUCUA